CUAUAAUCCCUGUAUGAACAAUAUUUUGUUUACCUAAUUCUAAUAAAUGGAGGAAGAAGAGGAUGUGCCCUUUUUCUCUGCUGACUGAACACUGUCCAUAUCAUCCAUUCAUUUCAAAAGGCUUACACAGUAUUUAACACGGACGGCAAGUUUGUUGAGUUCAGUUAUGGCCAAUUUGUAUGCACAACUACUUAUAUGCAUCUCAUGUCACCAACUCCAAACCAUAUCUUCUCAAUGAAGUCAGUUUGAUCUCUCAUCAUCAUCACUUUUACAAAGCUAGGAUAGUUUGUUUACUCAAAAUAGUUUCACCCCUAGAGACUCCCUCUCUUAGUUAAACUAUUGUGCGAAUCAGCACAAGUAUGGACGCACUGUGCGACCAUGGAGAAGGCAUAGUUGAAGCCCUAAAUGCUAAGUUUUAUGGAAAUGGCACAGAAACCCUAGUUCUCUCUCAUGGGUUUGGCACUGAUCAGAGUGUCUGGCACUACUUGAUUCCUUAUCUUGCAUGCUACUUCAAGGUUCUUGUUUUUGAUUUGAUAUUUGGCCCAAACGUCAAUCCUGACCUCUACAACCCAAGCAAGUACUCAAACUUCAGUGGCUAUGCCAAAGACUUGAUGUGCCUUCUUGAUGAGCUCAAUGUGAGCAGAAGCAUUUACAUUGGCCACUCCAUGUCAGCCAUGAUUGGAUGCAUUGCAGCAACAAAGAGACCUCAUCUGUUUCAGCAACUUAUGCUGCUCAGUGGCUCUCCAAGGUACCUGAACGCAGAAGGGUACAAAGGGGGCUUUGAAAGAUUUCAACUUAAUGCAAUCUUUAAAGCAAUGAAUCAAAAUUACUCAAGUUGGUUCCAAACUUUUGCUCCAACAGCUGUAGCAGAGAGAGACACAGCGGCCAUAGCCGAAUUUGAGUACAGCUUGGGGAGGAUGAAUCCAAGGACUGCACUCAGUGUGGCCAAAACUGUGUUUUUAAGCGAUCUCAGAAGGAUUCUGCCACAAGUCCAAGUCCCUUGCACCAUCAUACAAUCAAGGAAAGACAAUAUGGUUCCCCAAAACGUCUGCUACUACAUGAAGAAAAAGGUUGGUGGUCAUACCAGAGUGAAUAUACUGAACACGCAAGGCCAUUUUCCCCAGCUAACAGCUCAUCCAUUACUUCUUGAAGUUCUGAAGAGAGCUCUUCACAUUGAGUGAAAGAAUCUUGGCAUGCAGAACGA